AUGACACUCAGAGCACGUCAACAGCAAACACGUGAAGUGAAGCUCGGCCUAAAUAUAACUCCCCACCCAGUUUUGUCUGCGAGUCUCAUCCCCCUCACUGAGACUUUAAAGCUCGAAAAUGGUCUUAGAGACUGUAUAGCGAGCCUCGGUCUGCAUGAUCGCGACAACAAUUAUAAUGCAUCUCACCGACCGGCUCACACUCCCCUCAAUGAAGGAGUAUCAAGUCAGCUCAAGUUGCAUAAGAAGUGUUUGGCUGACGCACAACCCCACGGCUCUCGUGGGCAAGUUCCUGUGGUGGAUCUAACGACUUUGCACUAUGAUGUCCAGAUCUCCGCCAUAGCAGAAGACCAUAAGACUCGUCGGAGGUCGAUGUCGCAUUAG